UGCACGCACUAUACGACUGCAAUGCAUGUCAAAUGCUUGGCGUUUAUUGUGUACGUCCAUUUUUGAUGCGUUAUUAAACUUGUGAGCCCGACAUUGAGGCAAUUAGUCAAUGAUUUCAGUGUGACUGUAGCACGGACCGGAGAAGGAUGCAAAGAAGACGAUCAGGAGGAGCACCAGACUGGCGCAUGGCUGAGACGAUGGACAUGACAAAGGAUUAUUCACAUGUUCUCUUCUGGCUUUUUAGCUUGCUGCUUUUAAAUCUACACUGUCUUCCUGUCGCUUCACAAGGAAACAUGACGGAUGCAACCACAGAAAGUACAGUCACUACAUCCCCUUUGGAAACAACUUACACUACUGACGCAACCAUGACGUCUUUGGAUAUUAAUACCACCCCCGGGACCACAGAGUCUCAGACAGAAUGGACAACAGAGAUAAUAACGGAGAUCGAGAACGCUACAAUGUUCCAAGAAGAGCUGCACACGGAAUGGGUUACGGAGAUGGCAACGGAGUUGGAGAACAUGACGAUAUCACAAGAGGUAAACCAGACUACUGAAUCACCAGAAAAUGCUACAGAAACAUUCACACCUACCAUGGAAGCUCUUGUAAACCAGACCACUGAGUUAUCAGAAAAUGAUACAGAAACAUUCACGUCUAAUAUGGAAGCUCUUGAAAAUCAGACAGAAAGUGCAACAGACCCCAUGACAGUCACUGAUGAAUCAACUGGGUCUUCGGAUAACGACAGCACCUCCCUGCCUGUGAAUAUAACGACUGUGCCAUCUAUGACAGCGGUUGGACAAACAACAAUCAUUCCAUCGACCACUGAGUCGCCAAACCCAUCCAAAAAACCAACUGUUUCUGCUCAAAGCUAUAUCAUCCCAAUCUUGAUCUUCAUGGGUCUUCUUUUCCUUCUGACUAUCAUGAUAUUCAUCGUCGUACUUACGAAAUCAAGUAUGAAACGAAGUGUAUCAACCUACAAUCUCACUCCAGCCGUUAACGGCAACACCUCCCAGAUCGGCUACCGAAACACGGCCUACGACCAAGGCGAUGUGGCUGACGACACUGACGUCGAGUGCAGCAUGAGAGAAAUACGGCUGGAGGGGAAGCCUACGAACGGCAGCACUUUACAAAAUACCGAGGACUUCGAGGAAGAGCUAACGCCCCUCUGAGGGGCGUGGCCAAUGACUGUUAUAAUUUGGUUGUGUGAGCUCUGCUAACAAUUUUGUAACCUUGAUGAAGCUGUAUAGAGACCUUGCACAGAGCGCCCUCAGCGGGGACGUGUCUCUGUGCCUCUGUGAUACACAUGAGUAAUAUCUCACAUCUACUUUCAUUGUCAGCGAUGAGGGCGCUCUGCGUGCAAGACAGGUCUCGAGUCUCUUCUACGUCUUCAGAAGCCGUCGUCUAACACCGCAAGUAUCAUGAAAAUUGUGGGCUUUAAUUCCACCUGUUCCUUUUCAACCUGCCAGGGGCAAAAUUAAUCGCAAUCAGGGGAUGAAUGCCCCGAGUACACGUGCCGUACUCCCACCUCCUCGUUCACAACAAGACUGAGCGGGGAUGAGAAAUGCUACCGAUACGGCACGGCGCUCACGGUGGACUGCCAGAUUGGUUUCCCGCGGAGGGGAGAAGACGAUGAUACCUUUAUCGUCGUGUGCAAUCAGGAUGGCACGUGGACUUGGUCGGAUUCCUGUGUGAUAGACAUUUUCUCCGUCAUCAUCGUGUGUUUAGUAGCAUUCGUCUCUCUCGCCAUCUUCUUCGUGAUCAUGUACUGCAUUCUCACAAGGAAGAAGCCUGCAAGAAAGGGAGAUAAGAAGAGGAUUGUUGAGACCCCUCCAGAGGUUGCUUAGCAACGUUGACAACUACUAUUAAAAAGAUGGCUGUCGUUUUAAAAAGGUGGAAACGAUUGUAGUCUUAGAUGUUUUUAAGAAUCCAAGUCGUACUAGAUUAUUUUUUUUUCAAAUGGGCUGUCCGGUAAGUUCAUUAAUGUAUUCUCAGCAGCACAAUCACAUUACUUGAAAAAAAAAUUGAUGACGACAUCAUCUUGACGUAGAGGGCGGUAGAUAGACCGAUUGAAGAGUGUUUUCGCAAUUUGCGGUCCAAUCGUCGAAAUUCUUGCCCAUUGUUACUUAUUAAAAGGCUCUUUUAAGUUUACUCAAGCGUGUGGACGUAUGACAUUUGCAUGUGGCGUACGUGCCGUUUUCUUCGUCAUGGCAGCUUGGUGAGUGAGUUCUAUACUAAGGCAUACGUUGUGGUUAACUGCAAUUUCCAGCAGUUUGAUCGAAACUAUGGAGCUUUUGCAAAUCGUGUCCAAGAUAAUCUUAGUCUGUAAUUUUCUUGGCAAGUCCUUGAUAGUCCUCCAUCUUCGAGGCUGACCUAGCUAAGACUUUGUGUGUAAGGCCGUUAAAGUUCUCCAAUUGAAGCAGAAUUCUACAUCCAUGGUUCACCUGAAUCCACUUGCUUGCUUUUUUAAUUGACUAUAUUUAAAUUUCUACUUUAUUCGUAACUUUGGAAAGAAUGUUACAACCUGACGCUGCUUUUUCUCAAUGAAGGUUAUUCAUUGCAAAAAUGAUAAGACAUGAAUCUGGGACUGAGAAUCAUUUCCAAUUUCGUCAGGAAAUACUUAAAGCAUUUUCUUGACUCUCCAUAGACUUUGUACACAACCGCUGAAGUAGCGUCAGGCAACAUUCUUUCCGUAACGUACUUUACUGUAUGAAAUGUAAAUAAUGGAUUUGGAACAAAAUUGGAAAAUUGUAACUCAUUUGAUUCGAAGUGAAUUGGACUCUUUCUUUGUGCAUGCAUUUUCAUGUAUAUUAAGACGAUUUUGUAGCCUUCUUGUAAAACAUUCAGAUGUACCUCUUGAGUAUAUUAAAAAGUAGCUAUUAUAAUGUACAACAACAAUGUUACCAAUUUAAAACGUCUAGUCGAUUCGAUGUGUCAAAAUGACAACGUGCGUAAGGUCAAAUAAAACAAACUUGAUUCCAAACGA